GCUCCCGGGAAUUUUGCUGAAUUUUUGCCAUAGUGCUCGCACAAGUGGCGUUACGUUAAAGUCGGCAAUCGAUUUCCACAGCUCAUCGUAACGCAGAUCCAGCACCACUAACGUGAGACGGCCUAAGCUGCUGUUCCUUGCCGCACCUGGAGCAACAGCUGCACGCCUGAACGCGGUGCGCACGUUCGUCGACGCGGGGUUGAACAAAACGCAACUGACGCCGGUCGACGCGCGACAUGGACUCGCCGGACCACUGGGAGCGGCCCGGCGCGCCCGCCCCGACGAGCAACUGGGACCAGCCCGCCGCGGCCUCGCAAUCGAGCAGCCGCCCGGACUGGGACCAACCAGAAGAGCCGCAGAACGGCGGCGCUUCAAUACCAGAGGACUUCCGCCGACCAUCCAAUUCCAAUGGAGGCACGAACGAACAAGCACUAAGAGAAGGAUUCACGCGAGGUCGAGUCGUGUGGUUCGGGGGCCGGGACGCGUGGGAGGAGGACUGGUGGUUCUACGUGUCCAACGAGCACACGCUCAUCAGUAUUUGCCGGGGCCACGCGAUGCACCACUUCGAGCGGUUUGAUCGGAUCUGUUACCUGAUGUGCGUGAUCUGCUUCACACUGUUCUUGUCAGCUCUGGUGCAGAACCGGCACCCGCCGCACAACGGACUCGUGACCUAUGGACUGUGGGUCUGCGUCGCGUCGAUCGCGCUGGUAGCGUACGAUUUUCUGUUGAGAUUCAUGGCGACGUCACCGUGCCUCCAGCCGGGCGGUUGUUUGCACAAGGUCUGCUGGUUGUGUCGCGAUUGUUGCAUCGACGCGGGCAAGCAGGGUUUAUAUAUUGUAUCCAUCCUAUCCUUCGCGUUUUUCGUCGCUGGUAUUAUAUUAGCGGCCACCGCGGACCUCGAUCCCGGCAUGUACUUCGUGACCUUCGCGCUCAUGCGCGUCGGUAAUUAUAUCUGGGAGUUCGCGCCGCUGGGCUACUACUUCUACACGCGGCGCGAGAAGCAGAAGAAGUAUUGGUUGGAUGGCGUCGCGGGCGGCGCGUACCCCUACGGCUUCGCGCUGCCGGACCCGGGCUACGUGCGCGACACGCGCUUCAAGCGCGAAAGCUCCGAGGGCUUCUGGCCCGACGACGUCGAGAACCCCCUCGCGCGGCGCUCGGCGAAGCAGCUCCGCGCGAAGCGCGCCGAGUCCGCCGCGGCGCGCGCGCGCAAGGUCGAGCUCCUCGAGCGCGCGCGGGCCCAGGUCCGCGGCGACGUCGAGGCGCGCAAGCCCGGGGGCCUGGCCCCGCCGUCGCGGUCGCGGACGCCGCCGCGCGGCGACGACGCGCUCGACGCGUUCGGCCGGCGCUGAGGAGGCCCUUUGUGCGUAAGUCUAUAUCUAUAUACACCUUU